AUGCAGUACGACAUUUGCUGUUUCGUGGUUCACAAGAGGUGCCAUGAGUUUGUUACUUUCUCUUGCCCGGGUGCAGACAAGGGGCCCGACACUGAUGACCCCAGGAGCAAGCACAAGUUCAAGAUCCACACUUACGGAAGCCCCACCUUCUGUGACCACUGUGGCUCCCUGCUAUAUGGACUCAUCCACCAAGGGAUGAAGUGCGACACCUGCGACAUGAAUGUUCACAAGCAGUGCGUGAUCAACGUCCCCAGCCUCUGCGGAAUGGAUCACACAGAGAAGAGGGGGCGGAUUUAUCUGAAGGCCGAGGUCACCGAUGAAAAGCUCCACGUCACGGUACGAGAUGCAAAAAAUCUAAUCCCCAUGGAUCCGAAUGGGCUCUCAGAUCCUUACGUGAAGCUGAAACUCAUCCCUGACCCCAAGAAUGAAAGCAAACAGAAAACCAAGACCAUCCGCUCCACACUAAACCCUCAGUGGAACGAAUCCUUCACAUUCAAGUUAAAGCCUUCAGACAAAGACCGGCGACUGUCUGUAGAAAUCUGGGACUGGGAUCGAACGACACGGAAUGACUUCAUGGGUUCCCUUUCCUUUGGUGUCUCAGAGCUGAUGAAGAUGCCAGCCAGUGGAUGGUACAAAUUGCUCAACCAAGAAGAAGGUGAAUACUACAACGUGCCCAUCCCAGAAGGAGACGAAGAAGGCAAUGUGGAGCUCAGGCAGAAGUUUGAGAAAGCCAAGCUCGGCCCUGCUGGUAACAAAGUCAUCAGCCCGUCCGAAGACAGGAAGCAGCCAUCCAACAACCUUGACAGAGUGAAACUCACAGACUUCAAUUUCCUCAUGGUGCUGGGGAAGGGGAGUUUUGGGAAGGUGAUGCUCGCUGACAGAAAGGGAACAGAGGAGCUGUACGCCAUCAAAAUCCUGAAGAAGGACGUGGUGAUCCAGGAUGAUGACGUGGAGUGCACCAUGGUGGAGAAGCGGGUGCUGGCGCUGCUCGACAAGCCCCCAUUCCUGACGCAGCUGCACUCCUGUUUCCAGACAGUGGACCGGUUAUACUUCGUCAUGGAAUAUGUCAACGGUGGGGACCUCAUGUACCACAUUCAGCAAGUAGGGAAAUUUAAGGAGCCACAAGCAGUACAGAUAAUCGCUUACCAGCCAUAUGGAAAAUCCGUGGAUUGGUGGGCAUACGGUGUGCUGCUGUACGAGAUGCUAGCCGGGCAGCCCCCGUUUGAUGGAGAAGAUGAGGACGAACUGUUUCAGUCUAUAAUGGAGCACAAUGUGUCCUACCCCAAAUCCUUGUCCAAGGAGGCCGUUUCCAUCUGCAAAGGACUUAUGACCAAACACCCCGCCAAGCGACUGGGCUGCGGGCCUGAGGGAGAGAGGGAUGUCAGGGAGCAUGCCUUCUUCAGGAGGAUCGACUGGGAAAAACUGGAGAACAGAGAGAUCCAGCCACCGUUCAAGCCCAAAGUGUGCGGCAAAGGAGCAGAAAACUUUGACAAGUUCUUCACACGAGGGCAGCCCGUCUUAACACCGCCAGAUCAACUGGUCAUCGCUAACAUAGACCAGUCUGAUUUUGAAGGGUUCUCAUAUGUCAACCCCCAGUUUGUGCACCCAAUCUUGCAAAGCGCAGUAUGAAAUCCACAAACCAGAGAUCAAAUGCCUCCCCAUCCCCCAGCCUCCCCAGCAGUGGGAAAUGUUCCUUAACCCUAAAAAUUUAAGGCUAUGGCCUUGUUUGUUAUUCCACACAGAGGCCUGAAAAUUCUAAGGACAUUAGUCCGUAAGUGAUCAACUUUUCAGGCUCUCUCUCUCUCUCUCUCUCUCUCUCUCUCUCUCUCUCUCUCUCUCUCUCUCUCCUCUUCUCUUUUACAACCAAGAACAUUAUCUUAGUGGAUGAUGACAUAUGCACAGAGUCCAGCUUAAUUAUGCGGAAGCACAUCUGGCUCUAAGUUAAUUUUUCCUAGAAACAAAGAGAUUUGUACCCCUUCCCUUUUUUGGUAUGAUCUGAUAGAUUCUCCACCCCCUCCAUCUUUGGAUUUUCUUCAUCAGGAUCCCUCAACCAGAGGUAGUAAAGUGAACGUGCUCCAGCUGAAGGGCUGGAAGCACCUCGACCCAAGAUGUCUUUGGAAGGAAAGAGCAGGAAGCCCAAAGAGUAAUCAAAGAGAGGUUGGGGGGUGUAGAACCUCCAAGACCCCAUUGCUUCUGUUCUCUGCUUCAGUGGAAACAGUCCCUAGAACCUGAGAGGGCAGAAUGAACCUAAUCACCGUCCCCAAACGUCACAGCGCAACCAUAGUGCAGCAGUUUAAGAACGGAAGAAAACUUCAGACGAAUAUUCAUUGAAUCUCUCAUCUGGGUUGCCCUACUUGGUUGGUAACUAUCUUGAUGACUCAUUCUUUUUUUUUUUUUUUU